AUGGCCACCUGGCGGCGGGACGGCCGGGUGACCGCCCUGCAGCGACUGGGCUGCGCCGGGCUGGCGGGAGCGCUGAGCCUCAGCCUGACGGCGCCGCUGGAGCUGCUGACGGUGCUGGCGCAGGUGGGCACCUGGCACUGCCGGCGGGGGCUGCGAGGAGCCGGGCAGAGCCUGUGCCGAGCCGAGGGGCUGCGGGCCCUCUGGAAGGGGAACCUCACCGCCUGCCUCCGGCUCUUCCCCUACAGCGCCCUGCAGCUCGCCGCCUCCCGCCGACUUGUUAUACUUUUCACGGAUGAGUUGGGUCAUAUCUCCCACUGGAGAGCCAUUAUGGCAGGAAGUCUGGCUGGCAUGGUUGCAACCAUCGUGACUUACCCCACUGAUGUAAUUAAAACACGGCUCAUUGUGCAGAACCGUCUGGAACCAUCUUACGAAGGAAUUCUUCAUGCUUUUUACAAAAUUUAUCGUCAAGAAGGACUCCUUGCACUCUACCGUGGUGUUUCACCAGCUAUAUUAGGUGCUGUCCCAUUUUCUGCGGGCUCAUUCUUUGUUUACAUCAAUCUGGACAAAAUCUGGCGACAACCCAUAGUUCAUUUCACUCCUCUUCAGAACUUCAUAAACGGCUGUGUAGCAGCUGGUGUGGCACAGACACUUUCUUUCCCCUUUGAGACUGUCAAGAGGAAGAUGCAGGCCCAGAGUCCUUGGCUUCCCCACUACGGAGCAGUUGAUGUCCAUUUUACUGGCAUGGCUGACUGUUUCCGGCAAACUGUGAAGAACAAAGGCGUGCUUGGCCUUUGGAGUGGGCUCACACCCAGUCUGCUCAAGAUUGUCCCAUACUUCGGUGUUAUGUUUAGCACCUUUGAAUUCUGCAAGCGGGUCUGUCUUUACAGAAAUGGUUAUAUUGAAUCUCCUUUAAAUUACAAGCUAACUCCUGGUGUGGACCAGAGUUUACAGCCACAAGAACUGAGAGAAUUAAAGCUCCUCCGAAGGCAAAAUUUUGAGCCAACGAAAUCAGCGCUUGAAAACUGACAUCAGAGUCAUUGCAGAUAUACACAGUACCUUUCUGAAGGACCUUUGCAAGAAAGACAUGCUGAACUUACAGGUACCAGCGUCUCAGCGGAUUGCAUGGUUUUAGUACUGAGACAUCAGUGCCAGGAAUGAAUAAAUCUUGUAUCUCAUUUGCUGAAUGGAUAUAAA